AUGAGACUCUCUCAUUUGCCAAUUACUGCAUGGUUUGGUCUCCAUCUUUGGAUAUCAUCCGGAAAUGCACGAUCAUUACCCCGAGAUCAAAUAAACUACAUUUCCGUCGUUGAGGAUCCCAUUAUUAAUACAUCAUCCCACGUGAUCGGCCACCUUUCACACUUCACCCUUGCUUUCUUGCUCCGCGCUCCCCAACAACAGCACUUCAAACUCAAACUACAGCCCAACCAUGACGUCCUACCGGAUGGUGCCCAUUUAUCGUUCCUCGAUGUGCAGGGAAGUAUCAAAUCAUCAGCAGCAAUAGAACGAUAUGAACACAAGGUGUUCAAAGGAUCAGCCUGGCUCCAGACCGAAGACGGGAAUUGGGAUGAGGUGGGAUGGGCUAGGAUUUAUGUGAAAAGAGACGGACCAAAGCCCUUGUUAGAGGGUGCAUUCAACAUGUUCGGUGACCAUCACCAUAUCCAAUUGCGAUCCAACUACUUGCAGACAAGACGUCAGUCGGAUGUCAAUCUUCCUAGUUCUUGGGACAGUGAAGAAGAGCAAAUGGUUGUGUAUCGGGACUCCGAUAUAGCUCAAGAGGAGCUCUCUGAUAUUGAACAACGGUCUCCUGGUGGUGUAACUUGCGGAGCAGAUCAACUUGAUUUCAACUACGAAUUCAGCCAUCCAAUAGUCGGUUCUAGAUCAGAAGCGCCCACCACCGGUUGGGCUUCCACCCUUCUGAAGCCCGUUUUCUCUCCAAGGAAACGUCAGAGCGGGCGGAUAGGAAACGGCAAUCUUCGAGCGACUAUCGGAUCCACAGCUGGCUGCCCUACAGAAGGCAGGGUUGCCUUGAUCGGAGUUGCAACAGAUUGCACAUAUACCGCAUCGUUUGCUUCAACUGACGCUGUCCGCGAAAACAUCAUCAGCAUGGUGAAUACCGCAUCUGCGGUGUAUGAACGUACCUUCAAUAUCACCAUUGGGCUCCGCAAUCUUACAAUCAGUGAUGCACAGUGCCCUAGUACUGCUCCCGCUGCAACCCCGUGGAACCUUGGCUGUUCCGGCGUCGAGAUUGAUCAGCGGCUAGAUCUCUUCUCGACCUGGCGUGGAUCAAUAGGCGAUAACAAUGCCUACUGGACCUUGCUGAGUACAUGUAACACAGGAAAUGCAGUUGGGCUAGCAUGGCUUGGACAACUUUGCGUUUCUGGGGUAGUGGGGACCGGUUCCCAGUCCGUAAGUGGGGCUAAUGUUGUUGUCCGUACUCCAUCGGAGUGGCAGGUCUUCGCCCAUGAAUCAGGUCAUACUUUUGGAGCCGUGCAUGAUUGUGAUUCGACUGGUUGCCAAUCCGGGACGUGUUGUCCGAUAUCCACUUCAUCGUGUGAUGCGAGCGGCAGGUAUAUCAUGAGCCCAUCUUCGAGCAGGAGCCUCACCGAUUUCUCGCCAUGCUCAAUUGGCAACAUAUGCUCUGCAUUGGGUCGAAAUACUGUUCGAUCAAGUUGUCUCAGUGCUAAUCGCAAUGUUACAACUAUCACUAACAGCCAAUGCGGCAACGGCAUUGUCGAAGUUGGCGAGGAUUGUGACUGUGGAGGAGAAGAAUCUUGCGGAAACAAUCCUUGCUGCAACCCAACUACUUGCCAGUUCAGAAACAACGCUGUAUGCGACGACUCUCAUGAGUCUUGCUGCUCAAACUGCCAGUUUACUUCGGCAAGCACAGUGUGCCGGGCAAGCACUGGUAUUUGUGAUGUAGAGGAGACUUGCACUGGCGCCUCAGGCGCCUGUCCCUCGGAUGAGUACCUUCCGAACGGACAGAGUUGUGGAAACAACAGCGGCCUAGCUUGUGCCAGUGGCCAAUGCACUAGUCGCGAUCUUCAGUGUCAGAUGAUUGUAGACACUUUCUCGAACGGCAAUUAUACAAGUGCCUGCAACAGCAACUCAUGCUCCGUCAUAUGUUCUUCAGCCACCACUCAAAACUCUGGGGGUAAUUUCUGCUCCUCGAUGAAUCAAAACUUCUUGGACGGAACUCCAUGCGGUAGUAACUCGCGUUGCAAUAGUGGUCAAUGCCGUCGAACGACCUCGGAUAAUGGAGGUACCUCCUCUGGUGGGGGUGGCACCUCUGGUGGGGGUGGCGCCUCUGGAAAUGGCGGCUCCUCUUGGUUUGAUCGCAAUCGAAAUCUUGUUAUUGGACUUGCAGCUGGGCUGGGAAGUCUUGUUAUUCUGCUGCUGUUGUGCUGCAUUUACAGCUGUUGUCGGAAACGCAGACGUGCAAACGCUUUACCGCCUUCACAACCACCCUUAGCUCAGUUCUAUCCAAACAACCCACCAGCUUAUGGGGCAUAUCCCGCAUAUCCUGCAUAUCCUGCAUAUCCUGGGCUCGCGCAUACGAACUUCUCUGCCAGGCGAGGCAGCGUUCCAUUGGUUAGGUAUGCUUGA